CACACACUCUGAACACUUCCUCCAGAAGCAGCAGAGGCAGUGGCAGUGUGUCUGGUCCUGACUGCAGCUCGCGGACUCUCCCCCUGCUCUCGUGCUCGCGAUCCUCUCAGCUCUCGCGCUCUUUGGUUGGCUUUGGUUCUUUAAGGAGAAUUUUAUUUGGAAACGACGUUUAGGAACCAGGAAUUUCCAGUGGAAGCACCCAUGCUCAUUUGUGACUAUCCAGUGAAGACAGACAUGGAGACGGCAGAACCCUUUCCCCUAAUCUUCACCGUGCACUCACCGUACGCCCACCAGUACCCUGCGGCCUGCUACCAGCCCCCCUACCCGCUCAGCUACCACCAGCCCUCCUACCGCAGCCCACCCCGAGCGGUGCCGGACGCCGGCCGCCUGCAGUCUCAGCUGGAGCCCGUGGACCUGUCGCUGGGCAAGAAAGCCUCUCCACCUUCACCUUCCUCCUCAUCCUCAUCCUCCUCCUCCCCCUCGUCCCGGGCCACACCCCCGUCCCCGUACAACUGGAGCCCCGUGACCCGGUCUCACUCCAACUCCAUGUCUGGAUCUGCAUCCGGCUCACCACAGCACCGGCUGCUGACCCCACCCAUGCCCCUGCCCUACCCCUCCGUUUUGGCGCCGAGUCCUACGAUACUCCUUCCUGCGCUGCUCUUUCAGUCCCCGCUGAUGCCCUCACCGAUUUUGCUGUCUCCCAGUACACCAGAGGACCAGCUCAAACCAGUUCCUUCAGUCAAACCCGAGAACUCCACAGAGCACCGGCCAAUCAAAUCAGAGCCUCACCCUGAGCACGCUCAGAACACAUACAGCCGGGACAUCCCAUCACCACCCAUCACCCGGCCCUACAGCGAGGGGAACACACACUCUGUGAUCGUACAGACACCUAAAGUGGAGUCUCCAGAUCCUCUGAAGAAGAGGCGCAUUCACCGCUGUGAUUUCGGAGGAUGCAAUAAAGUCUACACCAAGAGUUCACACCUCAAAGCCCACAGACGCACACACACAGGAGAGAAGCCAUACAGGUGCGGGUGGGAGGGCUGCACGUGGAAGUUUGCGCGUUCUGACGAGCUGACCCGCCACUACCGGAAGCACACGGGGGUGAAACCGUUCCAGUGUCCGGACUGCGAGCGAAGUUUUUCACGUUCCGAUCACCUCGCGCUGCACAAGAAGCGCCACCUGCUGGUUUGAUCAAGCAGCGAACUGCAGAGCCGCCGCUCACGGGGCGAUGAAGCGCACUUUUACAAAAGUUGCUGUCGUCUGAUGGCACGUGGACCGCACUGGGAGUGGAGGAGAGAUGGAUGCGGGUGUGGGUAAAGUGGAUAACCCACCCACCAACCAACCAGCCAACCCAUUUCCGUCCCUUUACUAUGGAUUGGACGUGAACACAGUUUGCAACAGUUCCAUUUCUUUGAAUGGAAGCACCUCAGUAAUGUGCUUGCGAUGCAGAUCGAGUGUAGACCUUAUGGAACUGUUUAACUUUAGCUCUCUCUCUCUCUCUCUUUCUCUCACUUUCUCUCUGUAUUUCUUAAUGUCUCUCGCCCACAACCUUACAAACAGCACCCUCACUAUACCCAUACCCUACACCCCAUACCCAUUCCCUUACCCUAUACUCCUCCUCAGCUACGUCAGCCAUUCUCUUUCGCCCUCUGCUGGCCAAAGGGUGUAGUGCACUCUCCAAACACAUACAGUACAUCCUCACACAUUUACACACACACUCAAACACACCCAGGGUCAAUCCUGAAUAAUGUGAAUUUCUCAUACGUUUUUAUAAUUUUUUUUGUUUCUAUUAGUCAGGAAAACCUUGUAAGUCCGUACUUUUUUGCAGUCAUUUUUGUAUUAUGUUUUCAACCUCAUCUCAUAUAUAUAUGUAUAUAUAGUACAGCUCUGGGAAAAAUUAAGAGACCAUUUCAGUUGGAUUAGUUUCUCUGAUUUUGCUACUUAUAGGUAUAUAUUUGAGUAAAACUAACUUUGUUGUUUUAUUCUAUAAACUACAGACAAUAUUUCUCCCAAAUUCCUCUAAAAAUAUCGUCAUUUAGAGCAUUUAUUUGCAAAAAAUGAGAAAUGUCUGAAAUUACGAUAAAAAAGAAGCAGAUCUUUCAGACCUCAAAUAAUGCAAAUAAUAAAACAAGUUUAUAUUUAUAAAGUUUUAAGAGUUCAGAAAUCAAUCAAUAUUUGGUGAAAUAACCCUGGUUUGUUUCUAAUUACAGUUUUUUUUUUCACGCAUCUUUGCAUCAUGUUCUCCUCCUCCACCAGUCUUACACACUGCUUUUGGAUAACUUUAUGCUCUUUACACUCCUGGUGCAAAAAUUCAAGCAGUUCAGCUUGGUUUUCAAUUUGGUAAAAUCAAAGAAACUCAUCAUUAUUAAGUGGUCUCUUAUAUAUAUAUAUAUAUAUAUAUAUAUAUAUAUAUAUAUAUAUAUAUAUAUAUAUAUAUAUAUAUAUAUAUGUAUAUUUUGUGUCAGGUGUUUGGGUUACUGCAGCGAUGCUCUUUAGCAGUAAGUCUGAUUCAGUGAUUCAUAUCAGCUUAUCAGUUCAUCAGCUUAGUGCCUCAUAACAGGGGCAGCCGACAAUACCAACAUCUAUUCCAGUGAGGCUGGCUUAUCUGUCUUUGAUUUGAUCUUUAUUGGGUAAUAUGUAAGUACUGUGUACUAUACCAUAACUAUACAUCCCUGUAUUCGCACGGCGUCAUUGUACUAAUGACGUAGUUUUGUGCAAAUGCAGGCACCUGUGUGUGUGUGUAUAGAGUUCAAGUAAGUGGGUUUCAUGUUCACUUAAAGGAAUACUCCAUUUUUACUAUUGUUUUUCAGCCUAUAAGGUUAUAAAAGUAAUCUUCUGCAUCUGUAUUGUAUUGUUGUCCUGUUAUAGUACAAACUGAAUACAUUAUGUGUAUGAAAUUUUGUAUCUAGAGCUGUUAAACUGUAGAAAUGUGGUUAAUAUCAUGGACAUGUAAAUUAGAUAGAUGCCAAACAAAAUUGAACGAAAAAAAAUGUCUAACUUAACCCAUUAAAAGGCAUUAGCUCCUAUACAGGAUACAAGUGUAGGUGAUACAAACCUCCUUUUCUCUACAGCUAUUAAGUUUUAGAUCAUUAUGAGAAGAAUCAACACAAAUCCUUUGAAAACCAAGUUUAAAAAUAGACACAAACACUAGAUAAGCGUAAUAAAAUGAAAUGUUUAGAAGAGACUGAAUGUUGAUUUUUAAAUGAAGUUUAGGAAAAACGAUUUUAUGAUUAUUAUUCAUUAUAUUCUGAUGUUUCUUUUCAAACAUAAAACCUUUUCAUGUAAUGCUUGAAAAGAAAACCUCAAAAUUAAACAAAAAUGUGCACCAAUAAACCCCACACGAGCACAUAGUCUCCCCUGAUUGGUCCGAGCUGUCUGGCAUGUGUUCCAUUGUGUAUAUCUGUGCAGUGUGAAACUGCUUCAACACAGAACAGUGAAAAUUUGCUGCUGCGCUUUUAAAACACAGUGUUUUCACUGUGAGCAGUGAACACUGCACAUACCGUGCUCUUAGUGUGCAAACAGCAUGGAGCAGCAGCAGAGACAGCGUUUGUUUAUAGCAGUAAACCGUAUUAUUUGGCAUAUAUUUCAGAUUAAACUGCGCCUUAUCAGCAGUUUAUCUCAAUUAAAAAGAAGUAUACUUAAUAGCUGGACCAGAUUAAGUUCUCACCACAAGCGAACGGUUCUAGAAAAAUAAAAUCUCGCAUUGGGCGGGGGCAGAUUAAGGCGGAAUUUGGAGUCAAACUUGGUUUGGUUGGCUCAUUAACUUGCUUAAAAAAAAUUCAUCGCAUGUGUUCAUGCUUUAACGAUAACAGCCCUAGUUUUAACUUGUGCCAAUUAAUAACUAGUUGAGACAUUACUUUACUAAACUUUCCAUUUAACGUACUGUUCAUUGUGACCCUUAUUGUAAAAUUAACUGAGGUGUCCUAAAUUGUGCUAUUAAAGGUCUGAAAAAUGAAGUGUAAUUAUGACCAAAAAAAAAAAGUUAAACCACCUGUACUUUAACUUUAACUCAAACCUAUAAAUGAAGGUUUAAAAUACGUAAAUAUGUAACAAGAGUGUGUAACUAAACAGUUUAACACUCUAAUAUUACAUUACUCUUUACCAAAAACAAACAGUCAUUUUAACUCAGAAAUUAAGAUUUUAGCAGAUUUUAGGCUGAAAAACUGUAGUUUUUCUUUUUAGUUUGGAGUGUCCUUUCAAGUAGCAGUCCCCAGAUGCCAGACAGGCACCAUAUGUAAUGGUAAUGGCCACUAAGUGCCAAAGUUGUAUCUGUAUGAACUCAGCAAUAACCCGUAAUAAUUUUACAGUAAGGUUACAUUAUUUAGAAGUACUUACACUAGAAUGUCUUAUAUUACAGCUUAUAUUUAAGCAUUAGUAACUUAGUACUAGUGACAUUUAAUAAUUAUGCUAUUUGUCACUUACUUUGUUGUAAGUACUGUUAAUUAAUGUACCAUCUUUAUUGUAAAAGAGACUGGAGACUGGAUAAACCUACACAGCUGCUCAAACAGUUGACAGUUAGCUGCUAUGACGUAGCAUAUAGACCGAGGGAAGGGUGACCUUAUUUAAUUAUGACUUUUAAUAGUAAAUAUGAGUAUUUUGCGACUGUUAUGAUGCGACUUAAUGAUGCAUGAACGCAGGGUUGGAUAGGUUUGUUUGUUGGUACAACAAACCCUUCCAAGAUGGAAGCUUCGGGUGCCUUAACGGCAGUUUUGUUAUCGUAUUUAUGGCUAAAUGUGAACCAUUUUAAAAGGGGCAUUAUGGUAAUGUAAUGGAGGAGUUUGUCUUGGUUAUGGGUAAUGUAGUUUUUUUAUUUUAUUGUUGUUUUAUUAAGUUAUUUUUUGUCACUUUUUGCAAGGCAUCCCUGAAAACCACACACAGGGACCGUUUUCAGCUUUUUUCUGACUUUUUUUUUUAAUUUAGAUCAAAUUUAAGACUGUAAAGGGUAAUGUGCACUUUAAGGUGAUUCAACAGACACAUAUUCAUUAGGAUGAAUGCCUUAAAUAUGGAGGCUCAGGCCAGGUCUUUGAAAGUUGCUAAAUUAUUGCAUGUUGAUUUGACACAACAGCCUUUUUAGUUUUGGUUUUAAAAUCCUUUUAGGACUCGAGUUGGAUCCAGAACUCAUGAUUACAGGAUUAUUCCAGCCUUAAAUCAACUUAAUCUCUAUUUACUGAGUCUUUCUCAUUACUGACAACUACUACAGAUUUAAGUAUAAUUACUUUCAAACCAGGGCCUGACAAAAAAGCGCAAAACAGAAAACGAAAAACUAAACUUUCCCAGAGAAUAUUUUUCCCCCUGAAAUUUUAUAGCACAAAUUGUAAUAUAUAUAUAUAUGUAUUUCUGGAGACAUAGAGUUGAAAGGGAACAGAUUUUUAUAGGCACCAUGAUUGAUAUUAUAUAUUUUUAAUCUCAAUAAAUAUUACGCAUUUCUAUUAAGUAAGAUGUGAAUCUUUAUAUCUCAAAUUCUGUCUUUUCUGAAUGAUAUUUUUCACUGUUUAAAAGGGAAUCGUAUUCUGUGUCAUUGUAUUAAACUGUGAAAUAAGAUAUAUACUGUACAGACUUAUAUUGUAUUAUAUAAAUAUAUAUUAUAUAAAAUGUAUCUUUUAAUAAACGUUUAUCAGUGCAUUUUUGAAUACAAA